UCUGUCUUGUACUUUAGUUUUGUUGAUAUUCUCAUUCCGCCAGUAACGUGUAGUUCAUGCACUGCAGUUUUUGAGUGAGAAAUGGAAGAUGGCGAGGAGUCCAUGUCCGACUGCAGUGUUGAUUCUGAUGAGCUGCCCCCAAUGCCACCAUUAAUCAGGAUAAACAGGAGUUUAUCAGUUAGUGGGAAUUCAUCCGAAUAUUGCACAAUUUCUGCUCAGACCUCUUCCGACUCACCUAUCACAGGCGUUGAUCAGCGUAUGCAGAAUACGGUAAUAAAGGUAUUGCCCGACUUAGAUCCAGAGGACACGCUCUCUUUCAACAAAGAAUAUACAUCCGGGUCACCGCCUGUCCCGCCCUUGACAAGACCAACGAAGAAAGGAAGUAGUUCAGCAAAUUCUUUAGAUCAUUAUGGAUUGUGUGUAUCAUCCCCUAGUAAACGUGGACAAGUGUGGCACGAUGAAAAGAAGGACGCUCGGCCUGGACAAUCUUUUGAAUUGAGAUAUGGAGACGACUCGCCUUCCAAGUACAGUGGUAAUGCCGAGCCGGAACUACCUGGACAACCAGUGAUGAAAUCUACAGCGAGUACAUCUUUCUCUAGUUAUCCGUUUGAUCACGGUAGACAUUCUGAAACGGGAAAAAGGGAAACAUCGGAAGAAGGGGAUGCAGCCGACAUACAAGGAGUUCGCGGAUACGAUAUCAGACAUCAGCCAGUCAGGUCUCGGUGUGCCGCUAUGGUUUCCGAUCAAGGAAAACGUUCUAUGUGUAAAACGCUACACAAGUGUCGCGAGUGUCCCAGACAGUUCAAGAAAGCAUCCAAUCUUCGUCGCCAUGAACGUGUUCAUACUGGAGAGCGACCAUUCAAGUGUGAUGUAUGCAGCAAGUCCUUCUCUCAAUCUGGCAAUUUACUAAUGCACAAACGUAUUCAUACCGGAGAGAAACCUUUCAUAUGCAAGGUUUGUAAAGCGUCGUUCACGAGGUCGUCAGCACUACGUGUUCAUGAACGUAUGCACACAGGGGAGAGGCCUUACAAGUGCGACACAUGUGACGCAGCAUUCAGGUCAACUUCCAACCUGCAUGUUCAUGAACGUAUUCACACAGGGGAGAGGCCUUACCAGUGCGACACAUGUGACGCAGCAUUCACGGACUCGUCAACACUACGUGUUCAUAAACGUAUUCACACGGGGGAGAGGCCUUACAAGUGCGACACAUGUGACGCAGCGUUCAGGUCAACUUCCAACCUGCAUGUUCAUGAACGUAGUCACACACGUUAGAGGCCGUACAAGUGUGAAACAUGUGAAUCAUCGUUCAUGCACUCAACACAUCUUCGUAUACAUUAACGUAUUCAUAGUGGAGAGGAAUCUCCGAAAUGCAAGAUGUGGGGAGCGUCGUUCACGUGGUCAUCAGCUCUACAUGCUCAUGAAAUAAUGCACACACUGCAUCGUUUAUAGAGUAGUCAGUCAUGUAGAUCGGAUUUCAACAAACAAAGAAAUCGAUCAGAACCAGAACUUCAACAUGCAAUGUAUAAUACAACUGGGUGUGCUUGAGCUCGGACGCAUAGAGAAGACAAACUUCAAACAUGCAAUAUACACACAAACCGGUCUCGUACUCACAUUUGCUGUCUAGACAUGCACAUACACAUACAGGUCUGAAAUCCACAAGUCCAACAGUUAGGUGCAGAACUCACCUUUAGAAAAUUUACAAAACACGAAUAAAGUCAACCAGAACAGUGACGGCAAAUCGUUGUUACAAAUUUUGCUUUUAAGACUUUGUUAGCCUUGAAUUUAAUAGUCAAGAGCAUGGCUAUACACACGUAUGUGCAGCUCAUCUUAAAACCAGUCUUGAUGCAAAUAGAACAACUAUACUUACAUUUUAUACACCUGGCUUUUUGGUACUGUAGCCUCAGCAUAUAUAUAGUGUAUCGCUGUGAAGUGCGACCAUGAAUCGCUUUUUUCCACAAUUCACAUUGUAAAGUUCCAAUAGUCCUGCAAUUUUGUUCGUUUGUCGGUAACUGGAACUAAAAAUGCAAUAUCCUCAGCGAUCUGUUGUAAACACCAGUGUAGA